AAACAUUGUAGUUAGUUCCCAUGAGUUUGAGUGACAAGUUAAUCUAAAAGUUAACAAUAUGUUUCUUUUCAUCAUAUCCUUCCUGAUCUUAUCCCAGGGAAUAUUUGGCUAUGACGAAAAAUAUAACAACGUGGAUGUGGAUAAGAUAAUCUCUGAUGACACUCUAUUACUGGCCUACAUCAACUGUUUUCUUGACAAGGGUCCUUGUGACACCGAAUUUGCGCAGGAUUACCGAGACAUGCUACCGGAAGUGAUAGCUACAGCCUGCGGCAAAUGUUCAGAUAUUCAAAGAAAGAACGUCCGAAAACUAAUCACAAUAAUAUUCGAGAAAAAAACAGCAUUGGCGGCUGAACUCCAGGCGAAAUAUGAUCCUGAGAGUAAAUUUCAAGAUAAAAUUGCCGCUUUGAUGAAGGACGACUAAUGAUGGUUGGAUGGGAUGACGUUUAGAAAUGGGAACCUCUUUCUUGGCUAGACUUUUGUAUGUAGAAAUUCGUACUUUUGCAGUUGCAACAAUGGACUAUCAUUUAACAAUUUUAAAAUAAAACUUGUACAG